AUGCCUCGCCCCGCGUCCCUCCAGGACGCUCUGCUCACUGACCGCGAAGCAAAUCUGGCACCGUCACGGUGGACUCGCCUAUGCGACCGGUUCAAGGCAGUCUUCGACGGAGCAGAUCCGCGAGUCUGUAUCGCCUUCUGGCUGUUCGGUGCGUAUGCCUUCGGAGCGAACGAUAUGGGCUGCGAACCUCCGCUAAACCAGGCAGGCCUUAUCAAUAAUGUCCUCUACGUGAUCCUCCUCUCGGCGGCGCUGGACCUCGUCGGUCCCGAUAUUCCUAAAGGUCUCGUCCUGCUUGCGGAUAUUAUUCCGGCCUUUGCGACCAAGCUGAUUGCUCCGUACUUCAUCCACCUCGUGCCGUACUCGAUCCGGGUCCUGGUCUUCGUCUUUCUCUCCGCCGUCGGUAUGCUGGUCGUGGCCGUGAGCCCGAGUUAUACAAACGGAGGCACGAUCUCGUCGAAAAUUGCGGGAAUCGUACUGGCCAGCUUCUCGGCCGGCGGAGGUGAGCUGAGCUUUGUCGGAUUGACGCAUUUCUACGGCCCGUUCAGUCUGGCCUCGUGGGGGAGUGGUACGGGUGCGGCGGGCUUAGUCGGGGCUGGCGCAUAUGCCUUUGCGACUUCGGUUAUGAAUGUUUCCGUCCAUGCGACUCUCUUCGCCUCUGCCUUGUUGCCGGCUGUCAUGGCCCUGGCAUUCUUCAUUAUCUUGCCCAGAGCGCCAUUACAAUCGCCCAACGCAGCUACCGAUGGUUAUUAUGCCGUCGAACGCGGCGAACACCCUAAUGAAGACCACAUGGAUAUAGACAGGCACGAAGAUGGCGGGGAGGAGGAAGGGCUUCUGGGUGUAUCUGUUAACCAUGAUAACCCCAAGUCGGUGCUCGCCCGUGAACACACAACUCUCAUGGUACCCCUUUUGCUGGUCUUCGUCUCUGAGUAUGUCAUCAACCAGGGUGUCUGCCCUACGCUGCUCUUCCCACUAUACACGACCCCAUUCAAAAGCUUCCGAGCCUUCUACCCGGCCUACAACGCAAUCUACCAAUCGGGCGUCUUCAUCUCGCGCUCUUCGACUCCCUUCUUCCGCAUCCAUAACCUCUACUUGCCUGCCUUGCUGCAGGUGUUGAACUUGGCGGUCCUGACCACCCAUUCCUUGUUCAACUACAUCCCUAACGUCUACAUCGUUUUUGCUAUUAUCUUCUGGGAGGGCCUCUUAGGCGGGCUGGUCUAUGUCAACACCUUUGCGGAGAUCAGCGAUCGCGUGCCGGAGGAGGAACGCGAGUUCUCUCUUGGCGCGACGACGACCACGUCCUGGGUAGACCGUCGACUCGAUUUCGAAAAAUUCAGGUCUUCGCAGUCGUCUCGUUUUGGUCGGUUUAUCUACUUCGGUAAAUCGCUGAUCCUCCCCCACAACUCCGGGUUUUUAGCUAACAAGGCAAAAUUAUCUUGCAGAGCCAACAAACAUGGCCCCCCUUUUAUUCGAUCCAUCUCUUCGCAUUUUAGUGGCAAAUUGACGACUUGGCAAACAACGGUGAUCAUCUUUCUUUGGCUCUACGUCAGCCGCAACUUUGCGAAAAUCGUCGGUCUCGAGUGUCCCGAACCACUAGCCAAUCUAUAUUCGAGAUCCUUUUUCCGCGCGACAUGGAUCACGACUGGACUCGACGCAGGGUUUUGGACCGCGAUGAAGAUCAAACCCAAGUGGUUGCGUGACAUCGCUUCGUUGGUCUUCACCGUGUAUUAUCUGAUCGCAGCUGAACAGGCCGAUGAAAAAGUACGUAAAGUCCGGGGAACACUCACGCUGGACCACCUUCGUGUGUCUUGGAACAAAGCAACUACGCCGUACUUGUGGGCCCUCGCCAGCUUGCUCCGUCCUCGACUGACGCGGUACGCGCCUCGCGCGAUCCGCAUUCCAAGACCUCAAAAAUCCAUACACAAAGAUGUCGUGAAUGCAUGGCUGUACUUUGAUGGUCCUUUGAGUGCGUUGCGUGAUCAGACAUGCAUCGUCAUGGAUAUCCCGGGCGGCGGCUUCGUUGCUAUGGGCCCUCGAAGCUCCGAGGAUAAAUUGUUGUCUUGGGCAGGUCAACUCAAAGUCCCGGUUCUGAGCGUCGAUUACAAAAAGGCACCGGAAUAUGCAUAUCCGUUUGCGUUACACGAGUGCUACGAUGUCUAUCAUACAAUAAUGUCGACUAACGGGCGGUGUCUGGGACUGAGUGGCUCAACUCGCCCACGCAUCGUGGUCACUGGAGAGAGCGCUGGCGGUAAUCUUGCUGUUGGCAUGACUUUGAUGGCACUUCAGUCAGCGAUGGCUCAAGGAUGGAGAGGCGAAGAAGUUCUGCCACGACCUGAUGGUCUGGUAUUGGCAUACCCUGCACUCAACCCAAAAGAGGAGGCAACGAAUGUGGCAACCGAAGCUUCCAAAGCUCUCCAGGACAAGCUGAAAAAUAGUGAGGAUCUCAAUGGAAAGGCAGCUCCUGUCGAGGACCAAGUCCAGCCACUCAAGACCCGUCUCGCUGUCUCAUCCAUGAUUUCCUAUGUCCACGAUCGCAUCCUGACACCAGAAAUGAUGCGAGCAAUGAUCAUUCUGUAUAUCGGUCCGCACCAUCGUCCAGACUUCAACACCGACUUUUAUCUGUCGCCUGUUCUGGCUCCAGAUGCCCUCCUUGCCCGGUUUCCAAAGACUUAUAUAAUGACGGGAGAGCGAGACCCACUCGUAGAUGAUACAGUCAUCUUUGCAGGUCGUCUUCGCCAAGCAAAGCUGCAGCUUUUCCGCGAGCGUCAAGAUCUUGGUCUCGAGCGGUCUCAAUGCCAAUUUAACGAAAAAGACCAUGUCGAAGUGUCCCUGAUUCCAGGGGUAUCGCAUGGGUUUAUCCAAAUGGCCGGCUUUUUCCCAGACGCGUGGAAAUUCAUCAAUCGCAGUGCCAGGCAGAUUGAAUCGAUUUUUGCAUCAAGCGUACUCCACGAAUCGGAAUACUCCCUCCUACAAAUGUUCCAGAACACCACCCACCAGACUGCUCCACAGAAGCCAAAGGGCUCCUCCAGAAGCAAAGGGUCUGCAAACGGUCACGGCGGACAUCAUCAUCGCAGCUUUACUGGGGAUUCAUCUGGGGAUGACGACAAACCCUUGAGAUGGGCCUCGAAUUUAUUCGCGCGGCGAAUGAAAUCCGGGCCAUCAUUCGGGUCCUCUCAACUGAAUUGGGGGCUUUCUUCCCUGGAGAACAGCGGAGGUAGUGGAAGCAAUUUCCUCGCGAAGCUCAAGCAGCUGGAAAUGACCAGCCACCAAGACACUUUUCCACCUGAUGAAGUUAACAGUGCUCCCGAGAGUCCUACUGCUUUUCGUCCGCGUGGCCGCAGUAUUGCUUCGCUUGAUAGUGAAGAGGACUUGCUGGAUCGCCGAAUGAAUGGGCUUGCCGGUGGGCUUAUGGGGCUGGGAGAGAGGGCGCAAACUCCGGGCGCCUAG